AUAUGGCAAAGCAAGGACGGCACAUAGCACAUGCGGAGCUGUAGCAUCAGACAUUUGCAGCUGACUCGUUCAUCUCAUAUGGCGGGGCUCCGCCUUCAAUCCGUCCCCCGCCCGCUACUGCUGGAGUCCGCUCUAUUCAUGAAGAAUUUCAUAUCAACAGCACCUCUCCCACAACAAUGGGCCUCCACACUGCGCUAACGUGCUAAUAUCAAGCUUUUUACAACCUUCAAAUAUGAAUCAUGCAUCUGAUAUUUCUUCCAAAUCUGCUUGCGAGCAUCCUUCUGGCCUGGCUCAAUCCAUUCGGUUUAGCGUCAAAUGUGUACACGGAAAUAGAGAAUGAGGCUGUUAGAGACGCAGUGUCGGCGGAUCUUGAGGUGGAUACAGCUUCAGCACCGGACAGCGACAAUGUAACGCGCCGAACGGCCGAGCAUGAGAUUACAUACCCCUCUAGGCUUAUCUACUAUCUUAAUGAGGAUUCUGAGAGCACCUACCAUGACCUGGACACUCGGACACGGAACCAGGUCACUGGAAACCAGGCGGUGCAUCUUGCACAAACCAGUUUUCAGCUUGAAGGUUUUGGUUCCAGAUUCAUUCUGGAUUUGACGUUAAACAAUGACUUAUUGUCUUCUGACUAUGUGGAAAUCCACUAUGAAGAGGGCAAACCAGUUCUUUCAAAGGGUGGGGAACAUUGUUACUACCAUGGACAGGUGAGAGGGACGGAGAACUCACGGGUGGCCCUGUCUACAUGCAAUGGGCUCCAUGGAAUGAUGGACGAUGGACACUAUGUGUACCUUAUCGAGCCUCUGCAACAGACUCAUUCUGCAGACACAGGAGCAAGGCCUCACAUAAUGCGCAGGACUCCCUCUCAGCAGUGGACAGAGGAUCAGGACGAGGACCUGGCUGACGAAGAGCAGAUACUCUCCGAUCUGGGAGACAUGUCAUGGCUGAGGCGCAGAAAAAAGCGAGCGAUGCCACGCAGUGUGUUUGAGGAGAUGAAAUAUUUGGAGAUCAUGAUUGUCAGCGAUCAUAGCAUGUUUAAAAGACACAAGACCAAGAGGCACACCAAGAACUUUGCCAAAUCAGUUGUCAACCUGGUGGAUGCUGUCUUUAAGGACCAGCUGUUCACGCGAGUGGUCCUGGUCGCCGUGGAGAUCUGGACGGACAAAAACCGCAUCCCCGCCAGCGUGCAGCCCCUGGACAUGCUGCGCGACUUCUCCAAGUACCGCCAACACAGCAUCAAGCAGCGCGCUGACGCUGUGCACCUCUUCUCGAAUGUGGCGUUUCGGUACCACAGGAGCAGCGUGGCUUAUUUUGGGGGCGUUUGCUCAGUGAAUCGAGGAGUCGGGGUCAAUGAGUAUGGCACUACGUGGUCGAUGGCAUCCUUUCUGUCUCAGAGUCUGGCACAGAACCUAGGCAUCCAGUGGGACCCUUCACCCAGGAGAAAAGAGUGCAGCUGUUUGGAUUCAUUUGACGGCUGCAUAAUGGAGGACAAUGGAGUGCUGCACCCACGCAAGUUCUCCCGCUGCAGCAUCUCUGACUAUAAGGAGUUCCUGUUAAAGGGUGGAGGAUCGUGCCUGUUCAACAAGCCAUCGAAGCUGUUCGAGACCACAGAGUGUGGUAACGGUUACGUGGAGGUGGGGGAAGAGUGUGACUGUGGUGGCAAAGCGGAGUGCUACAAGGAGUGCUGUAAAAAAUGCUCUCUGUCAAAUGGUGCUCACUGCAGCGAUGGGCCUUGUUGCAACAACACCUGCCUGUUCUACCCACGAGGGUACAGUUGUCGCUACUCAGUGAAUGACUGUGACAUUUCAGAGACUUGCUCAGGCGACUCAGGGCAGUGUCCUCCCAAUCUGCAUAAGCAAGAUGGCUACUCCUGUCAGCUCAAUCAGGGACGCUGCUACAGUGGAGAAUGCAAGACCAGAGAGAACCAGUGCAAAUACAUCUGGGGCUCAAAAGCUGCAGGCUCCGAGAAGUUCUGCUAUGAGAAACUGAACACAGAGGGGACAGAGAAGGGUAACUGCGGGAGGGACGGAGAGAAGUGGAUCCAGUGCAGCAAGCACGAUGUGUUCUGUGGGUACCUGCUCUGUGCCAACAUUGGGAGGGCCCCCCGCAUUGGUGUAAUGAAAGGAGACAUCACACCCACCUCCUUCAACCACCAGGGCAAGCUGGUGGACUGCAGCGGGGGGCACGUGCUCCUGGACGAUGAAACGGACCUGGGCUACGUAGAGGACGGGACGCCGUGUGGGCCGUCUAUGAUGUGCCUUGACCACAAGUGUCUGCCCAUCCAGUCCCUCAACAUAAGCGCCUGCCCCAGCGGCACCAACGGCCAGGUGUGCUCCGCCCACGGGGUGUGCAAUAAUGAGGCCACGUGCACCUGCGACGCCACCUGGGCGGGGACGGACUGCAGCAUGCCCGACCCUCCCAAGGAGCCUGCCCUCACUGUGGACGAGGGACCCAAGGUGAGCAUGGCCACUAACAGGCUGAUAGGGGCAGUAGCAGGGACCAUUCUGGCCCUAGGGGUGAUUUUUGGAGGCACAGGGUGGGGAAUAGAGUCCUAGUGCCACCAAUCUUAUAAUAGGCUCCAUCGCGGGGGCCAUCCUGGUGGCUGCCAUUGUGCUGGGGGGGACAGGAUGGGGCUUUAAGUAAGCAACACGCUGCAUGUUUUUGCUUCCAUGACACUGGCAUCUCUGCUGCUUUUAGGAACCAGGGAUUGAGCUUCUGCUACAGAGAACAGCCAUUUGAGUUAGACUGACUAAAGAGAGAGAGAGGGCAAAUUUUACAGUCUCCACAUACAGGGAGCACAAGCUCUUCAUAAGCGCUGUCCUUAUAAAGAGAGUCUACACAUACACAGAUAGGGUGUAUGUGUAGACUCCCACCUCAUCUCAAAAGCAAUGCCUAUACCAACAGUAUGCCUACCGCCUGUGCAGAGUGCACAGGCACACACAUACACACACCACACAUGCGCAUAUGCACACACACACACACACAUACACACACCACACAUGCGCAUAUGCACACACACACACACACAUGCACACACACAGUCCACAGGUUAAGCCACACACCUGAGAAGUAUGGACUCUGGUGACCCUGCUAGUGGAAUGUUCCAUAAUGAACUCGGGGGAAGUGAGAAGAGGAGGAACACUCUGCUUCAUGAAGGAGAGAAGCUGUGAACCUUUAGCAGAACCUCAACUACCUGGGCUGGCCCUGCUCAAAGCCUGACAUGCAUGUGUGUUAAAAGAUUUUCUUCACCAAAUCAGGGAAUAUCAUCUCUGAGCAGAAGCCAGAGUGAGAGCAGGUUAUUUUAAGGCGUCAAUAUGGACAAAAUAUUGAUUGAAUAUUAAUGUGUGAUAUAAUUUUGGUCUGGUCAAGUUGAGUGUUGAGCAAGAAUGGGGCCCACUAAUACCUUGUCUAAAUGCAGCACAUUCCUUGCAAUGAUUAAUCAGUGGAUUAUAAAACCUUGAAAAUCCUAGUGGAAAUUUUAAUAAUUCUGGUCGACAUGUUGCAGGUGUAGGACAGGUAGAGACAGAAGGGAAUGUUAGAUAGGAAAAGAUUUUAAAGUAUUUUAGAGCUAGAGAGAAGGAUGGCAACUCAGCAUGACCAAGACGAGGCUGAAAGAGGGGUGGUGUUGGCCUACAUGAGAUGACCUAUUGUGCAGUAUGACUAUGAAGCUAUAUACAUGUGAAUGUAUACAUAAUGUGGCUGCAUUACCUCUCACCUUCUACUCACUCACAUCAGUUCACUGGCGAGUUUAUGCUCUGGUGCAGGAAGAUCCCAGCUUAACCGUCUCACUGAGCAUGUACACUGUGGUUACAACGCUGCCCCCAGUGGCCAGCCUGACAUACUGCGCCUCCAUCAGCGUCCGGUGUGGCAUUAUGCAGCCGACCAAAACAAAGAGGGGGAAUCUAAAAACAGCUUCGGACGUUUCCUUAAAAGCAAACUGCCGCAUGGAUCGCAAACUCGAGGUCUCGUCUCGCCAGAUAACGCUUGCAAUUUUGCGUGGCUUUUCUACUGAAUGGGGGGAAAAGGUUACAAAAUUGACUUGGAGCUUAAAAAUCCUGCUGUCUCUAAAGCAUGUGGGUCGGCACAGCAUUGCGACUUACGGCAGCGGUAAGUUCCGUAUGCUGACUGGACCAAAGCUGGAGCUAAGAGGCGCCGGGGCAUCGCACAAAGGCUGUUCCCGACCGCGGAGCAGCACGCUGGGCCGGCUUUACUCGCCUACUGCAGCCAUUACCACCAUCUUUCUCUUGGUCCGAUUAUCGCUAGAGGGUGAGAGUUUUAUGCGGAGCGGUGGUGAGGGAAGCCACGCCCAGUUUGUUGGCUGCAGCCUUUGUGCCAUGGCUGGCCAAACCACGCCCGCCUGGACGGCCGAGCUCCGCCCCUUAGCGCAGAGCGGGAACUCCCGGAGCCGCCUGCCAGCUGCCAUUGGCUGCCUGCUUCACAGACCUGGUACUGACACGGUGCUCUGCACUGCAUGCUCACACACAGCCCAAGCGAUAGUGGUCUAUCACGCCCGCCCACUAUUGGAACCGAUGCAUGGAUAGUCUGCUGGAUGCCCCACAUCAGGCCACAUUACGGGGAGGUUGUGCCAAACCCCUGUUGUUGUCGGUGGUGGUGUUGUUGUUGUUGUUGUUGUUUUUCUGUCAUUAAUGUUGAUGUGCAAUGUCCCCCUUGCCCUGCCCUUUUUCUAUGGGUUACAUGUUCUGUUGUUCUGUUGUCAUUUCUUCUCUCUCAGGGAGUACUGUUUUCGUCGUGCCAUGUCUUUUUCUUUGUAACGAGAUACUGAAACGUAACUAAUGAAAGAGAUUUACCCCUUCCUUCACCUUUAUGUUGGACAAGCACACUAACAUGUGGGUUUAUGCUACUCCUACUCACGCCAACCCAGCUCCAGUAAGGAUGUAGCACCCGUCCUGCAGUAGGGUGACGUAGCCAUCACAUAAAAAUACAUAUUUUAUGUAUAUGGGAAUCAAAUGUAUUGGCAUCCUUGAUUUGUUAUUUUUUGUGACAGUAGAAGCCUCUUCUGAUAACAUUCUCAGCGUUUAGCUACACAUGCAGGUGAUAUAAAUACAUUACACUGACUUAUUUCUGGAAUAAGAAACUAUUAUUUUAGAUGUGCAAAUGUACUGUAAUUUAUAUUGAGAAAUCUAUUCAAUAAUUUAUAGAAUGUG